GGGCGGGCACAAGGCUAAUGACACUGCUCUCCCUUGAGGGGCUCCCAGUUGAAACAGCCUCCUCCUAAGGCUGCUGCUCCCCUUGCGACCAUGAGAGCCAGGGGAAUCCCAGCGGAGAGCAACCCGCCCAGGACCUGGCACUCCCCUGCGCUAGCAGCGAGGCACCCGAAUCGGCAGGAGGCAAAGUGAACCCUUUUCCAUGGCCGUCUUGGCUGCACGGUAGAAGCCGUCAAACAGGUUUGCGUCUGAGCUGGUCUAGCCAGCACUCCGGAGAUGGGAAGCUACUUGUCUGCUCCACCUUCCUUCCUUCCAAAGGAGCCCUUUCGUUGCUCCGAGUGCCAGGACCUCCUCACAAACUGGUACUACGAAAAGGAUGGGAAACUCUACUGCCACAAGGACUACUGGAGGAAAUUUGGCGAGUCUUGCCACGGCUGUUCUCUGCUGAUGACUGGGCCAGUCAUGGUGGCUGGUGAAUACAAGUACCACCCAGAAUGCUUUGCGUGUAUGAGCUGCAAGGUGAUCAUUGAAGACGGUGACACAUAUGCAUUGGUGCAGCACUCUGCCCUCUACUGUGGCAAAUGCCAUAACCAGAUUGUUCUGACGCCGAUGAUUGAGAGGUUGUCCACAGAGUUCCUGUGUGAACAGCUGCCCUACACGCUGACCCUCAUCUCCAUGCCUGCGGCCACUGAUGGCAAGCGAGGAUUCACGGUGGCUGUCGAAGGUGGCUGCUCAACCUAUGCCACUAGCGUCCAAGUGAAAGAAGUCAACCGACUGCAUAUUAGUCCUGAUGUCCAGAACGCUAUUCACCCUGGAGACAAGAUCCUGGAGAUCAAUGGGACCCCGAUUCGCACACUACAAACAGAAGAGGUAGAGGACCUGAUUCGCAAGACAAGCCAAACCCUCCAGCUGUUGAUCGAGCAUGACCCCGUCUCUCAGCGUCUCGACAGACUGCGUCUGGAUGCCCGGAUGCCCGGGCGCACGAAAAAGCCCUCUUCACCCUGCCCCAUAUCAGCUCUGGACCUGAAGGAGAACCUGGAAGGAACGCUGCGGCGUCGCUCCCUCAGGCGAAGCAACAGCAUCUCCAAGUCCCCUGGCCCCAGCUCCCCAAAGGAACCGCUCCUCCUCAGCCGGGAUAUCAGCCGUUCCGAAUCGCUCCGCUCAUCCACAAGUGGUUCCCAGCAGAUCUUCCGCCCCUGUGAUCUGAUCCACGGGGAGGUUUUGGGAAAAGGCUUCUUCGGCCAGGCUAUCAAGGUGACUCACAAAGCAACAGGGAAAGUGAUGGUGAUGAAGGAGCUGAUCCGUUGUGACGAGGAAACGCAGAAGACCUUCUUGACAGAGGUGAAGGUGAUGCGCAGCUUGGAUCACCCCAACGUCCUGAAAUUCAUUGGCGUGCUGUACAAGGACAAGAAGCUGAACCUUCUCACAGAGUACAUUGAAGGCGGGACUCUGAAGGAUUUCCUCCGGAACAUGGAUCCAUUUCCCUGGGAGCAGAAGGUCAGCUUUGCUAAAGGAAUUGCCUCAGGAAUGGCUUACCUCCACUCGAUGUCCAUCAUCCACCGAGAUCUGAACUCCCACAACUGCCUGAUCAAGCUGGACAAGACUGUGGUGGUUGCAGACUUUGGCCUCUCCCGGCUGAUUGUAGAGGAAAGGAAGAAGCCCACCCUGGAGAAGCCAUCGGCCAAGAAGCGGACCCUGCGCAAGAGUGACCGGAAGAAGCGCUACACAGUGGUGGGAAACCCCUACUGGAUGGCACCAGAGAUGCUGAACGGGCAGAGCUAUGAUGAGACAGUGGACAUCUUUUCCUUUGGGAUUGUGCUAUGCGAGAUCAUCGGACAAGUGUAUGCCGAUCCAGAUUGCCUCCCCCGCACUCUGGAUUUUGGCCUCAACGUGAAGCUCUUCUGGGAGAAGUUUGUUCCCACCGACUGCCCUCCGGCCUUCUUCCCCCUGGCAGCCAUCUGCUGCAGGCUAGAGCCAGAGAGCAGGCCCCCGUUUUCCAAACUGGAAGAUUCUUUUGAAGCCCUUUCCUUGUACCUGGGAGAACUGGCAAUCCCUCUUCCGUCAGAACUGGAAUUGCUGGAUCACAACGUCAGCAUGCAGCACGGGCUGAUCCGGGAUAAGCUACCUGAAAACCUCACCUAGCCCUCAAGCCCUGUGCGCACUUUCCAUAAAUUGCCUGUGGGGAGGGAGUGGGGCAGCAGGGACAUGAGAGAGAGAGAGAGAGAGAGAGAGCUGUUGUUCCGAAUCCUCACAGGACAUUAACAAGGCACCCAUUUGCCUUCCGUCACCUCACCUUGGACUACCUUCCUCCUGUGGAUUUGUGGCAUGUUCUGGAAGCAGAAUCCUGUCCUGCUUGUGACUUUUAGUACUGACACUCUCUAGCACACAAAAUUGUGAGGCCCUGUUUGCAGGUCUCUAUCAUAGUGGUGCCUUGGGCCUCAAAAAGACUGCACGUGUUUAUAAAGGUUCCUGAGCCUGGGCUGCCCCCCAACCUGGGUGCCUUGUCUGCUGUUGGAAAAGGCAUGGAAGAGUCAGCAGAAGUUACUUGCAGGCAGAGGGAGUGUGUUUGCCUUCCUCACUCCUCUUGGAGUUGGGAAGUUCUUCAGGAGCAGCUCAAAGACAGCCUCUCUCCGGCAAAGGACCCCCCUUCUCUUCCUCAUCUCUACAAAUACCUCCAAGCAAACGUUCAAAAACACUACACAGCCAACUUGCGAACUGGGCUUCCACCAACACCCCAUGUCAGAAGGGGAAGAACCACCUCCGGUGAGCACAAAGGGUUGCUCCAGAGUAGCAGGCUGCUCUCGGCUGUUUGAGCCACUUUGCGGUGGGAACAGAAAGGGUGAGACUGUCCUAGUUUGGGGCUCAGUGGCCUCACACUGUGGGGGCUUCUUGGUCUAGAACAGCUGGGUUUGAGCAAAGAGCUACUUCUCAAUUCAUCCUUUAAUUGCAGCUGACAGGGAAUGAGACCACUUUCUUAUUUGGGUCUGCUAGUGUGAAGCCCUCGUUGAAGCUGAUUAAGUCACCUACCUCUGUCCUCCAUUUCAGACUUCUCUUUCCCUUAGAACUAAGACACCACUGGUUCUGGCAUGCACACACACACACACACACACUCUUCCUGGAUAUACCAAGAAUGGAAAGGGAACCAUUCCUAGCUUCUGUCUUCUCUGUUGAAGACAGCACACACACUACAUGGUUUCACUUGGCCGGAUCUUUCCCCUGUUCUUGGUGGGCCUCAGCAAAGUCACUUUCCUUGGGAAACCCAACCCAACCUAGCAUGAAUUUGGGACGGACGCACAGUCGUCGUGGCUUUCGGUCCUCUCCCCUAAGACUGCACCAUGGAUCUGGACCUCAAGCAGCCCACUUUCCUACUUAGAGCAGCCAAAAAGACAUGAGGUCCCUACUAGCCAAGCCAUUUUAAACUCCAGUGAUCCGGCUUAAUCCUCCAAGGGUUAAGAGCCACUGGGCCUUCUGAGCCCCACCCCAGUGGUGGUCUCCAGGCCCAGGGCGUUUCAAUAAAGAUUCCGCUCCCUCCUUCCUCUUUUAAUAAAUGUGGGUCCCCCUCUAUAAACAGGGGCGAAGAGAGGAGAAACUUGGAUCACGUGUUCAAGAGAUUCUGGACUCUUGUUGAUUGCACACCAAAACGUUUUUGACUAAAUUAAAAGCAAUAAACGUUAUCCUAUGGAAACAAAA